AUGCCUCUUGGCCGGCACCAUUGGCAGGGCCCUUGCAAUCCCAUCCGGGCAGCAGCCUAUUACACCAACGCACACCCUUGGCAGCAGAUGGACCAGGUCUCUCCUGGGGUCACAUAUGCCCCCCUAGUGGAUCCCUGCAUUGAGCGGCCCUGCUAUGGGGACCCUGUGUGUGCACGCACAACCUUGGAGCAGAAGAACACGGCCAUUAGUGCUCCCGGCGGUAAGCCCACAGAAAGGGGGCCCCCGGCUCUGCACAUGCCUGGCCCAUGGCCCAGGGUGGACUUCUACUGGGUGCCAGUCUCAUACCCACGCACCUCUGAUGGCUCCCCAGGUCUUCUGGACCAUAUGUCCUUUUGCUUUGAGCACUAUCAGGACAACCUCACCUGCAUCUUCGAGAUCCUAGGGCACCUGAUGGACUGAGCCCAGGUGUGGGCAGCCCCCUACGUCGAUGGGGACCUGCCCCUUCCUGACAAUUAUGAGCUCUUCUGCCAGGAUCUCAAGGAAGUUGUUCAAGAUCCGAACAGUUUCACUGAGUACCAUGCUGUAGCACCUUGCUUCCUGCCUCGAUCCAGCCACCAGUGGCCUCCAGAGCUGCCUGUGGUGAAGCAGUACUUAGCUAGGUACUCAGAGGCCCUGGCACUCAACAUGGGUGCUGUCCCAGUUGCUGUGGCCACCCCUGCUCUUUGCAGUUCCAACUCGACAUCCAGAAAUACUCUCCCUGAACAGCAGUGGGCCAAGGAGAACAGCCCUGGGUCUAUGGAGUCCUCCACCUUGUCUACUUUUACAUGCAGCACUGAUCCUGGUCCUGUGGGGCCAACCUCGUCCCAGCCAGGGGAGGUGACCCCUACAUCUGUCCCUGUACUUUCAGGAUCUGCUAACCUGCCUGCUCAGAAACCAGAUCCAGUUCCACCAGGGGGUCCAGAACCCCAGAAGACAGAGGAGGAGGUUUCUGAGACAGGAGACCAGGAGACAUCCUUAGGUACCCCAUAG